UUCCGAAGUAAUCAAUCGUGUGUCAGGUGUAUGUGUCCUAUAUUUCUAACGUGACACAGAUAAUGUAGAUCUCUCUAGCGAGCUUCGAGAUCGCCAUGAUGCUGGUGCUUGGCAGAAGAUGAAGCCGCCUCGGUUCUCUUUCAUUCUUCUCCAGCUAUGUGUGGUCCACUGGCAUUUUCAGAUUAGGGGUUGUUACAAAUACAAUUUGGAUCGCUGUCGGAACUGUUCCAUCAGGAAGGAUGUUGUGUGCCGCAUGCAGCAGAUGAACAUGGAUUGCUUUCCCGGGCAUGACAAAGACAUUUGGAAGGAUGAGAGGAAAUGGCCAGGAGCCCCCAGGGACUUACGGGGAAGAGUAAACCGUCAGGACAAUGGGAACUUAAUGAGAGCCAGCUUCAAAUGGAAACCACCAUAUGACUCCUCAGUGGAUGAGCUACAUGGCUUUCAGAUUCAGGUCAACGUGCAGCAGGAAUCCUCCAUCUCGCACCCUGUCUGUUUCUUCGCCAACCUCAGUGGUACAAAUUGGACUCAGUUGACAGACAUCUAUAAUAUUGAUUUUAUCUUCAACUGCGUGGAGUCGACAGAACUGGUGAAGGUUACAGUGUAUAUUACAAGUGUUCCCAUGCCAACCAAAGAACAUAAACGAAUCACAAAGGGUGUUGUCAUGAUACCAGGGUUCUCAUGGAAACCAAAAAUUAAAGUAUGGACCACGCUUAGUGAAAAUGUUUAUGAAGUUCAUCUAUGGUUCUCGCCUUUAUAUCCUGGGGCAGAGUAUUAUAAAAUUCAGCUACACAGCAAAUACCUGGAAAACAGCACAGAUCUUCAUGCCCCCUUUGGGAACUUCACGUUUCAGAAUGUGCCUUGCAAGAAAAAUUACACAGUUCAGAUCCGACCGUAUGACAAUCAACGAGCUUUGUUCAACCAUUAUUUUUCAUCACAGACUGUUGAAGUUGGUGAUUGUAUGGCUCCCUCCAUCAGACCAUUAGAACCCGCAACCUCCAAGCUGGUCACUCUCGUCAGUAUUCCAAUACUAUUGGUGAUUGUCGGCACCAUCACCGCGGUUUUCUUCUUCAAGCGAGAUGUAGCUGGCUGUAAACUUAGAAGACAGUAUCGGUCGACUGAAAACUGCGAAUCGGCACCCAAUAAUGCAGAUUGCACGAUUAUUUUGCCGGUGUUCUGUGAUGACAGCCAGCAGCUGAGGGAUGCUAUUCAUAGCUUUAAAACACUUCUACAUUCGAUCAGAGGCAGCAAGGUUCAGUUUGCAGAAGAGAACCUAAUGGAAAAUUUCACGAGUGAUUUUCUGAAAUCAAGCAGUUUCUACCAAGUUGUCAUCAUAUCAAGCAACAGCUUGAUUCAGAUCUACUCAGCCCUGGAAAGAAUCCGAUCUCAUUUCACAAUAAAUUCUCUUGCCUAUUUAAAUGGAAAUCUGUCUCAUGAAAGCCAAGCUUUCCUGCACUGUGCCGCAUCCUUAGACACCAUUCACAAUUUUGUGAAGUCCAAUCAGCAACGAAUCAAAAAACCCUUACUUAUUUCAUUUUUUCCAAACAUUGCGACCAAACUUUUGAAUCCUGACGUUGAAGAACAGUUUGUCCUGUCGGACAUAGUGGAUGUAGAAGGUAUCGUGGAGUGUAUCGUUAGAGACGCAGAAAUUCGUAAACUUGUCAACUUUCUGCAUGAUGAUGACGAAACAUUACUUCAGGAAGAACUCGGAUCCUCGUCACCCGAGUCCAUGGAGCUCCGCGAAAAGCUUAGAGACUUGUACAAAACAGAAAUGAGAAACGACACCCCGAAUAAGAGACUGGAAGAAUCUCUUAAAACUUACACCGCGGUCAACGACACGUCAUUUUGUAACCAUCAAGAAAUGGUGACUAAUUAUCACAUUGCCUCGCAUUUUGACAACAGAUGUCUCAACGUGAAUCCGGUCACGUGGUCCCUGCUGCAGUGUAAUCCAAAAGAAGCCAUGAUUGAUCCCUAUGAUACCCACUUCACCCACCCACCUUACAUGGAGGGCGAGGUCCCGCUGUCAGACUCCAGGGCUCCUUUGGAUAGCGAUUAUGUCUCUAUGGUUCAGUCGGAGCAGGAGAGGAACUUUUUGACGGCGGGAAAUGUGACCGAUUUCAUUCCUCCAGUGGACUCGGAUACGGAAAGCGUAGACAAUCAAUCCCUUUGCCAAAAGAUGCUGGAAUUCAAUCAACGAAAUUUGACGAAAUGGAACACAGUAGCAAAAUAAUUUAUUUUUACACACAGUAGCUCCCAUUGAUGUCAAUGCAAAUCUACAAUAUUGUGUAGAAGUAGAAACGUGGGUAUUAUACUACUCUAUUUACAGAGUCUGUAGAUUACUACGAGUUAGAAUAUUGUUGGGGUAGCAAUUUACAUUACUGAUAAGUUUCUAGAGAAUUUUAUUGAUACAAAGUGUUUUGAUUUGAAGAUAUUUUAUUGUAUAUAUAUAUAUAUAUAGAAGCAAAAGAAAUACGACUGAGAAAUAAGUUCUAAAACACGUGGGACCUUCUCUCAGUGUAACGGUUAGAGAAGAUCUGAUUUUAAUUAGAUUAUUCUCCUCCUAAUGACUGGGUAUUGUGAGAAUACAUUUUUUUAAGAACCCUUUUUCAAUUCAUCAAACAAAGCCUACGCUCCUAGUAGAGCAACAAAAGGAAAUUUCAGUCUUAACGUUUGGUGAAUGUGCAUACAUGUGAAUGCUGGUUUUAGACAGUUAAUGUUGACACGUGACUGCUGGUUUUAGACAGUUAGUGUUGACACUAGAUGUAUACACGUGAAUACUGGUUUUAGACAGUUAAUGUUGACACUAGAUGUAUACACGUGAAUGCUGGUUUUAGACAGUUAGUGUUGACACUAGAUGUAUACACGUGAAUGCUGGUUUUAGACAGUUAAUGUUGACACUAGAUGUAUACACGUGAAUGCUGGUUUUAGACAGUUAAUGUUGACACUAUAGAUGUAUACACGUGAAUGCUGGUUUUAGACAGUUAAUGUUGACACUAGAUGUAUACAAGUGAAUGCUGGUUUUAGACAGUUACUGUUGACACUAGAUGUAUACACGUGAAUGCUGGUUUUAGACAGUUAAUGUUGACACUAUAUGUAUAGUAAAUCAGUAGCAACUGAUGAUCAGCAUUGUAUUCAGAGAUUGAAGUCAAAAAAUAAUAUUUCCUGUUGACGAAUUUUUAUCGUUUUAACUAUUUUUUUUAUACUUAAAUUUGUGGAUAAAAUAUCUUUCUUUUUUUUUUAAAUUCUCCGAUAUUCUUCUACUUAAAGGGCAUUAUUCUUUCUUUUUUUUUGUAUGAAACUUGUCGGUAUGAUUUAGAUGACACUGGUUUUCCAGUGUUAUAUAUAUAUAUAUAUAUAUAUAUAUAUACUGCUAAUUAUGUUUUGACCCAAUCUAACGAUUUAUAUUUGAAAUAUCAGCUUUACAUUAUUUAGCAGUCAAUAUGUGAUUGCCUACCGAGUUGAUCUUCUAAAUCAGAAAUUUAAGGCCAUGUGAGUUUUUAAAAUAGAUUUUAUGCAUUUAUGUUCAUUGUACUUAUAAAAUACAUAUAUACUACGCAUGCUUUGGUAAGGAUGGGCAUUAUUCAGAGACUAGUUCAUUAAAUAUUUUGUUGAUUUUGCGGGCAUUAAUCAGAAUGUUUUGUUUUGUUAAAAAAAGAUUUUAAUGAUGAUAUUGAUAUUCUUUCUCUGUCUCUCUCUUCCUCUCUCUCUCUCUCUCUCUCUCUGUCUCUCUCUCUCUCUCUGCUUUAAGCUUUCUAAGUCUGUUGAUUAUAAGGGGAUCUGUUACAGUCAAUGAGAAAGUUGAAGACCAUUAUAUUGUAUCACUAUCAUGACGGUAGAUAUAUAUAUAGUCAAUAUACACCCUGUGUCUGUGUGAUGUCUCAUACUACAUACCGGAGAGAUAUGUCAUUUCUGUAUGAAUUAAUGUUUUAAUCUGCUCAAACAGAUUACAUAUUCUGUAUAGAUUUUUUUAAUUGUAUUUUUGAGAUAAUGGAGGUCACAGGUGUUAUGCUUCACGGCUAUAUACUAGGGGUGUGUAUUGCUCAAGAUUUUCCGAUACGAUACGAUACAAUAUUUUCUGAUGCGAUAUCCGAUAUAUUGGAUAUACAAGGUAGUUAAGCAUUUCCUGAAGUAAAAUAUCAAAAUUUAAAAAAAAAUGGUUUAAUAUCUAUUAUUUCACAACAAAACAAACAAUGACAAAUAAAGUCUGAGGAAACUCCAAUGUCAUAAUGUAAAAGCGAGGAUUAAAGUCUGAGAAAUCUCCGAUGUGUCACAAUGUAAAAACAGGGAUUAAAGUCUGAGAAAACUCCAAUGUCACAAUGAAAAAAGCGGGGAUUAAAGUCUUGAGGAAUCGUGUUCCUGUUAGAAGCCAUUUUCAAAUUAUGAACUUCAAUCCCGACUAUUAAAAGGGCUAUUUUAAACCCCGACAUUAUAUCGUAUCGUAUCGUAUCGUCGAAACACUGUAUCGUAUAUCGCUGGACAGGCAUAUACCGGUACAUUUCGAUAUAUUGAUUCACCCCUACUAUAUACCGACAUCAUACUGAGUGUUGGUAAUGAUGUAUACACGAGUUGUGAUUCUCAAUGAGAAUUUGAAAUCCUUCAUAAGAGAUUUUAUUUGACCAAAUGCACAAAUAUUCAGACAACCAUCGUGUCCUGCCUGUGAAUACAGAUGUCCAAUAUUUAUAUUGAUAGGAGUUUGAAAUCCAUUUUUCUUUAUUAGUAGUGAAAAAUAUAUAUUCACAUACUCAUAUAUAACAAUUCGUUUGAAAGAAAUCCAGAAAACAGUGUAUAACACAUGUAUAUUACAUGAAGGAUUACAUUUCCAGUGAUUCUGCUGGGGUAUAUUAAUGAUAGUGAUAACCAGUUCCUCAUGAAUGCGAUGCACGUGUAAACAAUGCGCGUGUGAUUCUUCAUUAAUUAUAUCAUAUUCUAACGACGGGGAAUUCCGACGGAAAUGAAAAUAGAGUGUAAUGUAAGAAAUCAAUUUGAAAAUACACGAGCGUGAAGAGGGUACAGAGUUACACGCCGCCCUACUUUUCAUAAAGCGCUUACAUUCUUCAUGACGUAUGACGGCGUGGAGCGUCACAGUCCAUGUCCUCAUGUAUCAUCAAAAGGGAAAAUUAUUUCCGAAAUGGUGGAAAAUAUUAGAAAGUAUAUCUAGCGAAUACAAUUUAAAAUUUAAAAAAAAAACGUGGUACACUUCCUGUACUGAAUGUCUUACUUGUAGCCGUGUAGUGUGAUUAACAAGGAAAUAUAAACUAUACCAUCAAUGAAAUCUUUAAAAUGUGUGUAAUGACAUUAUGAUGUUUGAAACUAAAGGAUUAGCCUUAACAGCAAAAUCAGUUUAAUCUAGAGUUAAGGAAGGAUAUAAGUGGGGCUCCUUUAAACGCGCAAUCUACAGAUUUCCAACCUAUCGCAAAAAGUUUUAAACGCAUGGAUUCUGAAAGGGCCAAUAAUAUUUUUCUAAUUUAAUUUUGCUACCAUUUUAUAAACCACCGUUUGAAGAAGUAUGACAAAAUAAUGUUUACAUUAUGUAAACCGAUUGCAAAAACACUGGAAAGUUUAGAAUUACUAUACAUGUGAUACAAUAAUAUAGAGAUGGUAUUAGUAUAGAUAAACUAUUAAAACGAUAUUCUUCAGUAUAAUCGUAAAGAAUAGAUAUUAGGAAAUCGAGGCCAAAAGUUUUAGAAAUACGAGCUAGGAAUCUAAUAAAUUUGGAUGCUCUCAUGUUCACAGCAAGUAGUGCAGUACCUUAACGAGUUGUUGUAUAUAAGUACAGGGUUUCUGGUGCCUUCACGUUGUGCAGUGUUCAACUCAUGGACAAGUCGAAAGAGUUCAUGUAUCGUUGUUUCUUGCUCAAAAAUCUUUUACUAGAGUAACAUUGUUAUAACAUAGGAAAAUUAUAGGAGACAGACAGGAAUACUUGAAAUUGUUCUGGCGAAUUCGUUUUGAUGAUUUAUCUGUGUGUUGCAGUGUAUCUUUUGGGGGGAUGGAGGUUCAGUUCAUUUAUAUUUCUUUUUCUAAUCUUUUUCGGGGUGUACUAAAUAUUUUUUUCAAGAUGUCAUUAUUUUAAAGUGUGACUAUAAUUGCACACUUUUUUUCUUGUCAUCAGAUUAUUUUGUGGAACAGGAUAAUUUUGGGAUGGAUAUUUAUUAUUAUUAUACACGACUUUUAGUUAUUUUAAGUUGUUAGCAUUUUAUAGAGAUAUUUUUAGCGUAUACCUAUGUUUGAAGGACAGGUGCAAUUGUAUAUUAAACAACCUCUUGAAAGAAGCAUUGCUAGCACAGGGAACAGGAUAAUUUUGGGAUGGAUAGACCUGCUAGGAAGUUCAGGAAAGCAUAGAUAUACAAAUAUGCUCAAAUGUAUUGAGCAAUAUGGUGUCUCAAUAAACAAGGAAUGUAGGUAAUGAGGUUUUCGUAUCCGUUAUUUUCAAAUAAGAAAACUUCAAAACUAUAUUUAAAAUUCAAUAAUGUCUGAAAGUCAGAGACGCUGCAGAUUUAUUGCCAUGCUUAGUCUGUUUUAGACUAUAUUUUGAUUUGGUUUUAACCAUUUUUAUAAAAAAAAAAUAAGAUUCAUAGAUGAUAGACUUGUAUUUGUAUUUUCCCUCAGAGUAUGUCAAGGUUCCCCUUUAACGACACUGUUGUUCUGUGUUGUUCAUCUCGUGUUCAUUCCAGAAACUGUCAGGCAUCAUUCUGUUGUUGCUUCAGUGUAAGAAUGAGUGUAACAAUUUUGUAAUUUUGAUUUUAUUGUAAAAAAAAAAAAAAUGGAGAGACGAUGAACGAAGUAUUAAAGGACAGGUGGACUCACGGGUGACACAUUUCACGUAAACGGCUUAUGUUACAAGACCUCAUUUCCCUUUGUUGUAUGUGUUAAAGAGGAAAGAUGGUGGUUCCUUUCUUUGUUGGUUUUAGCUCUCCUUUUUAAACCAUAAUCGGUGCUUAUUUUGAGAAAUCAAAACCUGUCCCAUUACUGUCUUGGUUCACGGUUGACGUUUUCAUCCACUUGGCCAAACUUUCUACUUGGCACUAGUUUUACUUGGAGGGAUCAUUGAGCCUUGUCCUCUUUCAUGGGGAGCUAGGUGGGAAAUAGGACGGGAUUUUAACAAUUUUCUCGUGAAAUACAGAGCCAGAAAAGUCGAAACGUGUUCUCCUCGCGUUAACGUUAUAGUCUGAAAUACUUCAUGUUUGAUUCAUAUUAUUAGAGUUGUUGGGGAAAAAACCCCACAUCAAUUGACAUCUCCUUUCUUAAGCAAGGAAAAUGUGAGAUGAUGUACUAUGUACUUAUCUGUUUACUUACCAGUACUUAUUUGUCGGGAUUGACCUUACAUUUAGAACAAUAAAGGAGAAUUUGAUGAUUGACGAUUAGUGUUCUCACGUAUAUUUAUUUUUAAGACAUACUGUCGAAUUUCAUUAAUGUAUACGUUAAUAUUUUACACACUUUGUAAUUCUCCGGCGUCUAUUUUAUUUCGGGGAAGGUAUGUCUAUGUUCAAAUGGCAAAGUAAAAAGCUUAGCCACCUUUUUAAAAAUAAAAUAAUGUUUUGUUAUUGAACGUUAUAUUUUGGGGGGAGGGGAUUUCAUCCCUUUCUUUUUCUUUUACGAGAUGGAUUAAGAAUUUUGAUUAUUUGACGAAAGUUUUAGAUUGUGGUGCCAUGAUAUGAGAGCCCAGGUGCGUUUCACAAGUAUGUGUGGCUCUGGUAAAUAGCAUUUCUGACUAUUGUGAUAAAUUAUCAGGUGAUUUAUCGUGGCUAACUAUGUUGUUAUGACGUUGUAAUAAAUAAAAUAUAUUGUGAUGAUAUAUUGUAUAAAUAUAUUUGUGAUAUAACAAA